UACCCGCAGAAGUAGAUUAAUUCCCCGCGGUAGUGCGGAGAUGGAGCUUCAGGCACCAUCCUAGCUCCAACGCGUCCCCAAGCUUCACCCCGCGAACAAUCACCACUCGGCCCACCCACCCUGCACAACCACCCACAGCCAUGUUCCACCAAGGCACCUUGCAGAGCGGAAUUACGCUUGCAAUCCAGGAACAGAAGCUUGUUGCCUGCUUUGUACGAGAUGAUGGUGCAACGAGCAACGAAUGGGAAGAAGAGUGGCUGAAGAGUGGAUGGCUAUCGAAUCUGCUCGCCCAAAAAGCCGUCGUCCUGCGACUUGAGGCAGGCUCCACCGAAGCAGGCUUUCUGGCUGCCUUCUCCGACAUUUCCAGUGUGCCAACUUUCGUCGUCAUCCAGAAUGGACAGCUACAAGUUCAACUCAAGAGCGAUGCGACAAAGGAAGACUUUAUCAAUUCGAUAAGACGGGUACUGGGAGCGAAUCCGAUACCAGGCUCCAGCGCGGCACCGUCCCCACUACCACACGCAAGCACACCAGAACCGAGCGAUAACCCAAUAAAUGCAGAAGCGGAGGACGAUCUUUACGGCCCAUCCGAACCCUCGAUACCCACACGCUCUGCACCAGUACCAGCCCCCACACCGUCGUCGACCAAAGCAAAAGGCAAGCAGAGAGCUCCAGAACCGAAUCCCACAGCUCCAUCUGCAUCCGCGAGCAAAGCUCAACAGGAAGCCCGCGACGCGCUACGAAAGAAGAAGAGAGAAGACGCCGAAGAACUCGCCCGAAUCAAAGCACGAAUCGAAGCCGACAAAGCAGCGCGCAAAGUAGAAGCCUCGUUACGCAAAGCAGAGCGCGAGAAGGAAAAGAACAGAAACGCGACACAAACCUCCCAUGCAACGUCAACGCCGUCGUCGCCGCCGCAAACCACAGCAAUAAAAUCCUCGUCAUCUCGAGGCUCGAAUUCGGCAACCGUCGCCCUCAACGUCCGCCUCUUCGAUGGCCGUACCAUCCGCUCCACAUUCCCCCGCACCGCUACGCUACAAUCCACCGUCCGCUCUUGGAUCGACGCCGAAUUCGGCAAAAUGGCUCAAGACGAUGAGAAUAUCAGCGGUGGCGGUGGUCAUAAUAAUAAACUGCCCCCGUACUUUUUCCGCCAUAUCCUCGCUCCAGCGCCGAGUCGCGAGCUCUCUGCUGGCGACGAGAGUGUCGAGCUGGGUGAGAUUGAUUUGGCGCCUAGUGCGACGUUGGUGCUGGUUCCUGUCAAGGGGUAUACCGAUGCGUAUUCUGGCGGUGGCGGUGGUGGGAUAACGGGGGCUGCGACGGGGAUUGUGGGUGGGGCGUUUGGUCUCUUGUCGAGUACGGUGGGGUUGGUGGGGAGUACGAUUGGUUCCGUCAUGGGCUUUGGGGCGCAACAAGAGGGUGGUGCUGGUAGUAGUAAUGGUGCUGGUGGGAGAACAGUGGGUAGUAGACCUACUACUCAGGAACCUACGCAUGAUACUGUCCUCGAUCAACUGCACCCGCAACCGCAACCGCCUUCUGCCGGCAACGGCAACGGCACUGGAACCACCAUGAGAGUGAGGACGCUGGCUGAUCAGCGUGCGAGAGAGCCGCAGCAGUUUUAUAAUGGGAAUCAGUUGAGUACGGAGCCUAGGCCAGAGGAUAACGAUAAGAGGGAUUGAUAUGGCUGUUGUUGUUGUGGGUUUCGCAUUUGGGAAAGGCCUGGAGAUUGGUGGGCAACGUGUUGUAGAUUGAGGGGAAGGCGGGAGGGGGAAUAGGGGGGUUCUGUAAGAGUAUGCUUGUUAUGGUCUUUUUUUCUAUUUCCUAUCAGGAACUUUGAUUGAGGAAGGUGAGUGGAUUGCUUUGAUCGAUCUUAAAGGGUGAUUUAGAGGGAAUGACGGAAGUAUCUGUGAAGAUGUUUCAUUCCAUGAUUGAGACGCGAGUUCCUUUUAUUCGCAAACGUGUGUGUGGGAAGGAAGAAGGAUUGAAACUGAAAAGAAGCGCUUUUUAGUCUUCUAUUAAGACUGUUGACCGUUUUUCUUUCAUCUCCGCCAAUAUACC